AUGUGUGAGGAAGUUUGUCGUCUAGCACUGAAGAGGCGCUACCGCCUUAUUCCACACAUAUACACUCUAUUUUAUUUGGCACAUACAAUGGGCACUCCAGUGGCAACUCCUACAUUUUUUGCUGAUCCAGAAGAUCCCAGCUUAAGAGGGCAUGAGACUUCCUUUAUGUUGGGCCCACUUCUCGUACAUUCAAGGUUUUCACUUUCUUCCUUUUUGGAGAUGACCCUAUGGCCUUUUGUUCAAGCCUUAGAGGAGGAUUGCGUUGUUGAGUUUGAAUCAAGAAAAUUUUCACCAAGUGAGCUGGAGCUGGAUCAAUUGCAGCACACAUUGCCUAAAGGCAUUUGGAUGAGUUUUGAUUUUGACGAUUCACAUCCGGAUUUGCCAGUGCUAUAUCUGCAAGGUGGAUCAAUUAUUCCUUUGGGUCUUCCAUACCAACAUGUUGGUGAAGCAAAUCUGACAGACGAUUUAUCACUGCUUGUGGCUUUGGAUGAACAUGGAAAAGCUGAAGGUGUUCUCUUUGAAGAUGAUGGUGAUGGAUACGACUAUACUAAAGGUGGAUAUCUUCUGACAACAUAUGCUGCUGAACUCCAGUCUUCAGUUGUUACUUUGAGAGUUUCCAAAGUUGAAGGAACAUGGAAGAGGCCCAAACGUCGCUUACACAUUCAAUUAUUGCUUGGUAAAGGUGCUGUGCUUGAUGCUUGGGGCACUGAUGGAGGGGUUCUGCAAAUCAUGAUGCCUUCAGAAAAUGAUGUGUCAAAUCUGGUGUCUGCAAGCGAGAAGCAGCACAAGAUUCGUUUGG